AUGAGCAACCAACCACGCGGACGCGGCCAAGGCCGUGGCGGAGCUCGUGGCCGUGGAGACUCCGCCCCUUCUCGCGGUCGUGGAGACUAUCAAGGCGGAGGCGGCCGUGGCGGCUUUCGCGGCGAUCGCGGUGGAGGUGGCCCACCCGGACGAGGCCAGAGCACUCAAAUGUCCUUCAGAGGCGGUCGUGGAGGUGGCGGCGGUGGCGGCGGUGGUGGAUCAGGUGGUAUCUAUCUCUCUGGAUCCGAUGUGCCACAGCCUGAUGCAAGCAUUACGGCCGCAGAAAACGCCCUUGUUCCUCAUACCAGGGACAGAAUGUUCGAUGAAUCCCCGGGAUUCACCGGCUUUCCAGGGCGUCGAGGCUAUGCUACCAAGGGCACGCCAAUUACCUUGCGAACCAACUACCUCAAACUGACAACUGCAUACGAGCUCAACAUGGCAGACCAAGAGCAGACCUUGUUCCGCUACGAUGUCGAUGUGCGUCAGGAGAUCAGUCGUCCAAAGCGUCGGGCUCUGCUCGAUCAAAUCGUUCAACAACACCCGAAGUUCAAUGGCGUCCAUUGGGCCACUGACUACGCUCGCACGGUCGUAACCACAAAGAAGCUGGACUUGGAUAAUGGGACCUUGGAAGAUAAGCGUACGCUUCCCGGCGAAAAUGCUGCUCAGCAACCGCAAGCCUCUGCACGCAACACCUACGACUUCAAAAUCACUUACCAGGAUUCAUUCUCGCCACGUCACCUUAUUGAAUAUCUCCGCUCUACGUCGGCAGGUGCUGCGUACGCUGGUCGCACAGAUGUGGUGCAGCUUAUGAACAUCGUCUUGACGAAGGCACCAAACGGAGCCAAUGCCGUUCGCAAUGUGGGCCAAAAGUUCUAUCCAUACCAUGGCCAUCCCGGGAAGGAGCUUUACGAUCUGGGCGGAGGUCUGCAAGCACUACGAGGCUACUACUCCUCCAUUCGCCCAGCAGUGAACCGUCUCCUGGUCAAUUUAAACGUCACCGCUGGUGCCUUCUACCAGCCUGGACCUCUACUUCAGCUUUGGGACGAAGCACGCAUUCACGGCAAUCUCGACCAGCUUGAAGCUUUCUUCCGUAUGUUGAAGGUCGAUGCAGCCUACAUAAAAGAUGGCCAACAAAAGCCGUUCAGAGUCAAGAUCAAGACCAUCAUCGGCUUCGCGAAGGCCACCGACAAGAUCCAGGUUCAGCGUUUUGGCAAUGCCAACCAGGUCAGAUUCCGCUUUGUCGACUCCAGCAUCCCGAAUGCUACAGCGCGACAGAUCACUGUGAAUGAUUACUUCCGUCAAUACCACGGAAUUACCCUUAGACACCCAGAUCGUCCGGUGCUCAACGUCGGUACGCGCGCUGAUCCCCAAUACUUACCUGCCGAGCUGUGUACAGUCCGUCCUGGCCAGCCUUAUCGACGCCUGCUUAGCGGCGACCAGACUUCUGAGAUGCUCAAAUUCGCAGCCAGAUUUCCAAAUCUCAAUGCUAUGUCUAUUACCGGAACUCCCGGUGCUGGACUUGGGAAUGGUCUGCGACUCUUCCGUCUUGCCGAUCCCACCGGUGAUCCUCAGUCAACUUCCGUAAAGCCAUUUGGCUUCUCGGUAGGUACUAGCAUGAUCACAGUGCCCGGCCGCAUCCUGGAUACUCCUCGCGUAAGCUAUGGUUCGAAUUCGAAACCUGUUACGCCGCAGAAGGGCUCCUGGAACUUGCAGAGCGUUAGGUUCACCAGACCUGGAAGAUUUGACAAGUGGUCGGUUCUGAUCAUCAACCGCAAGGGCAAUCGAGGCAAUGCGCUGUUGGGGAACCCAACCGGAGACAUGCUCGCUCCUGAAAAGUUGAUCAACGAAGUGGAACAGUCCAUGAAGUCAUACGGCAUCAACAUGGGCCAACGUGUCAAGCCUACGCAGGAAAUCCUACUAGAGACCCUUGUCAUGCAGAAUCGCGACUUCAACAACCGCCAGCUACGUAACAUCUUCGCGAAGGCGGAGAGCAUAGGCAUUAGGUUCCUCUUCAUCAUCAUUCCGGAAGCCGACAAGUGGUUGUACGCUCGCAUCAAAUACUUUGGUGACGUUGAAUUCGGUAUACACACUGUCUGCUCUGUAGGAUCGAAGCUUCAGAAGCCUAAUGGACAGGGCAUGUACAUUGGUAAUCUGGCACUCAAGUUCAACUUGAAGGGUGGUGGCGUAGCGCACCAUGUGCCAAAUACCUUCAGCAAACCACUCGACAACAAGACAAUGCUGUUCGGCAUCGAUGUUACCCACCCGUCGCCAGGCUCCUCGAAGGGUGCGCCAUCAAUAGCUGCCCUUGUUGCCAGCGUCGAUGAGCAUCUGUUCCAAUGGCCAGGCUCGAUCCGCACACAGGAUAGCCGCCAAGAAAUGGUUGAUGGGCUCGAAGAAAUGGUGAUUGAGCGUCUAAACUUGUGGCGUAAGAAGAACAACUUUCUGCCCAACAAAGUUAUCAUUUACCGAGAUGGCGUCUCGGAAGGCCAGUAUAGACAGGUCCUACAGAUGGAACUGCCGUCUUUCGAAAAGGCCUUUACGAAGCUCUACGGUAGCAAGGAGAAGUGGCCGAAGAUGACCAUCAUCAUCGUUGGCAAGCGUCAUCACACUCGAUUCUACCCGACUCGUGAGCAGGACGCAGAUUACAAUCCACAGCGCCAGAAGGGUUCUUGGAACCCACUCCCGGGCACAGUCGUCGACCGUGGUAUUGCCGACAAGAUCCUAUACGAGUUCUGGUUACAGGCACAUUCAGGACUUCAAGGCACAGCACGACCCGCUCACUACGUAGUCAUCAAGGACGAAAUCAAGUUUGAGGCGGAUGAACUUCAGCAAUUCACACACUACCUCUGCUACCUCUUCAGCCGUGCGACAAAGGCUGUGUCUAUCUGCCCACCAGCGUACUACGCAGACCUUCUUUGCGAGCGUGGCCGUGCCUAUUUGUUCAGCGUCCUAGCUGAGAGUCAUGGCAGUGAUUCUUCAGUCUUCAACGCCGGACAAGAGUGGUCUCGUGAUGUGCACCCACGCCUCGCUGAGAGCACGUGGUACAUCUAA